AUGAGGUUAAAAUUAAAAUCAGAUAUUGGAGUAACUACUAUUAAUGUGGAGUCAGAUCAGCUAUUUAAUGAGUUUUUGGUAGAUAUACGGUCAAACCAACAAAUUUCGACUGACUUAUCAAAUGUUAUUGAUUCAAUAAAAUUGGGGUUCCCACCAAAGUCCAUAGAUUUGGAUUAUUCACAAACUACAACUAUCCAAGAUAAAGAAAUAAAAGAUGGUGAUCAAUUAUUAAUACAAUUUUCAUCAAAUAAACGUAAAAAUUCACCAGAAUCAAGUGAAUCGACAACUGCUAAAAAUACUCCACCGCCACCUCCUCAACAACCAAAAAGACAAGAUACAAAAGAAGAUAUUCCAUCAGUUUACAUAGAGUCGAUAAAUAAAUAUUUGACACUUCGAAAUAUACCAGAUGAUAAUUCAUGUAUGUUUAAUUCAAUAGCAUAUGCAAUAUCUGGAUACGAUUCUUAUGAAACUAUAUCACCACCAGAAGAAUUAAGAAAAAUUAUAGUGAGUUAUAUUCAAAAAGACCCUGAAUUAUAUUCAGAUUUAAUACUAGGAAGAUCGCGAGAGUCUUAUUGUGAAUGGAUAAUGAAGAAGGAAAGUUGGGGAGGUGGUAUAGAGUUAGGAAUACUAGCUGACUGGUUUGAUAUCCAAUUUACAUGUAUUGAUAUAGAACUGGGAAAUUUUGUUGAAAUAAAAAAUGAGAAACUUAAGCCAACGAGAUUUAUAUUAUUGAUAUACAGCGGAGUUCAUUAUGAUGUAUUGGCGUUGAAUAAUGAACUAAGCACGAAAAAUAAAGAUCAAGAUGAAUGUAUAUGGGAGAUAGGAAGUACCACUGGAGAUUUGGUACUAGAUGCAGCUAAAAAAUUAUGUAAAUUAUUACAAGAGAAAGAUUAUAGUACUAAUACAACUACCUUUAGAGUACGAUGUUCUGAUUGUUAUUCAAUUUUGGUGGGAGAAGUUGGAGUUGCUAAGCAUGCUGAACAAACUGGACAUUUGAAUUUUGGAGAAGUUAAAAAAAGUUUAUAA